CAGCUGCUCUGCAGGUACACUGUUGUCUGCUGCCGCUGCAGCCAUGGUUCGGUCACGAAACCAAAGAAACUGUGUGCAGAUCGACCAUUCCGGUGUGCCUGCACAUAGAUUUGCAGAAACUGCAUUAUCUUGCUUUUCUUCGUAGUUGCAAUGUUGGCCCUCGCUUCGAUGCGGUGCGUUCUGCGUGAUCCGGCUUGAGGCGGCGUCGCCACGUGCAGGGGAGUUUGUCGUCGUCCGCGUGUACGGAACUUUUUUUCUUGGUUGAGAGCAUCCACCACCGUCAGCACAACCACAGCCACCAGUUCGGAAAAAAUGAGUGUCGCUACCAGGGGCGCAAUCAGAGCCCUGUAUAGAGAUUUCUAUGACUUGAUCCCCCUCUUCUCUUCCUUCUGCGUACGGACGACGACCAGUGCAGUUCCACGAUGCCGUCGCGUGAAAGCGUCAAGAUGGAUCUCGAAUACCGUAGCGCGACGUCUGGACAUGGAAGCGCAUCGACGCGGCAGUAUCUACGAGUCACCUUCUGACCUCUCGAAUAGCCCGACAGAAGAGGCUGCUUCCAAGCUUGAGUAUCAGCGUCAACUGCCACAUGCCUGUCCCGGUUGCGGCGCGCUCGCCCAGUAUGUACAUCCCAAAGAAGCAGGAUACUAUUCUACGCAAAGAGCUGCGGUGAGGAAAUACCUUGGCAUGUCCCAAGCACGAGAUUCUCGCGGGAAAGGCGAGGAAGACGACGUGGUGCGCAACGCGUUGGCGAAUGUGCCGGAGGAAUUGAGAGAACAACUCGGCCUAGACGCAACCCUUUUGUCAGACAAAGCUCCAGCAGAAUGUCCUUCCAUCCCCGUCUGCGAUCGUUGCCACCACCUCAUUCACCAUCAUGCCGGUGUUCCCAUCGCACAUCCUUCCCUCGACGCCAUUGAAGCCACUAUCGCCGAAUCACCCUUCAAACACAACCAUAUUUACCACGUCAUCGAUGCUGCCGACUUCCCCAUGUCUUUUAUCCCUGGUCUGCACCGCCGCCUAGACCUCGGGUGGCUAAGGGGCCGCAAUCGCAGGUCCAAGACGCAACACUGGUCGGGUGGAAAGUCGGGGCAGAUGAGCUUCUUGAUCACGCGCGCAGAUCUACUGGCACCUAAAAAGGAGCAGGUCGACGGACUACUACCACAGUUGCGGGAGAUACUGCGCUCUACCCUUGGCAGGACAGGUGCCAAUGUGCGCUUGGGCAACGUGCACCUUGUCAGCGCAAAACGGGGAUGGUGGACACGGCAGGUGAAGACGGAUAUCUGGGAGCGAGGUGGCGGAAAUUGGCUUGUGGGGAAGGCCAACGUGGGCAAGAGCAGCAUAUUCGAGGUGAUCUAUCCAAAAGGAACGAAUGAAGGGAUGCCUGAUUUUCAGAGUGUGAGGGAGAAAGCAAAGAAAGAAGACGUGCAGGCCGCGCUCUCGGCUGCAGAGAGGGCAAAGGUGCAGCUUAUGGAUGAGCACGAGCACAUCGGAGUCACGAACUUCAAACCUGUGGAUAUGGAAGUCUCGUUUGCGGACAAGACGGCAACAGCUGUGGACGAGCGAGAUCAGGACUUCUACGACACUACUUCUCUCCUCCCGCCGCCUCAACAGCCCGUCAACUAUCCCGUCAUGCCCAUUAUAUCCGAUCUCCCUGGCACCACUGCAUCUCCGAUUCGUAUUCCCUUUGGUGCCGGCAAAGGUGAGCUGAUCGAUCUCCCCGGCAUGGAACGCCUGUCCCUAGAACCUUACGUCAAGCCCGAGUAUCAUUUGUCCAUCGUCAUGAAGCGACGCGUGGUUCCCGAGCGAAUUGUGCUCAAACCUGGCUCUUCUCUCGUGCUCGGUGGCGGUCUCAUUCGCAUCACGCCCAAGACGCCGGAUCUCGUCUUCAUGGCACACGCAUUCGUGCCGAUGAGCGCACACCUAACUUCAACUGCAAAGGCUGUUGACUUGCAAGAAGGGAGAAGGGAGCUGAAUAUCCCAUCCAUCAUUCGCGAGGAGCAGCGGGAGAGUGUAAAGACAGCAGGUACAUUUCAGCUGAGCAGCAAUGUGACAAAGAAGUACGCUGGUCCGUUGACAAGAAAGGGAGACGUUGGAUUGCUGGCGUCAAGGCUGCCAUUUGUGGUGUGGGCAACGGACAUUCUGAUUGAGGGAGUGGGGUGGGUUGAGGUUGUGGCGCAGGUUAGAAAGCCGAAAAGAGUCGACGACUUUGAGUCAUGGCAUGACGAUCGAGCGUUUGACAAGAAGGAGAAUGAGGGAGAAGAUCAGGAACCAAAUGCCAUGUGGUCACCUAUGGAUGCGGCACCAACACCUCCAUCCACGGAAACGCUUUCAGAAUCAAACUCUGUGAAGGAUCAAGCCGCCUUAUCAAAUGCUAGUGCCGGAGCCAAACCCAAGGGCAUGAAGAAAGGUAAAGACAAACACCCCCUCGAGUUUUCUCCUGAGGAGCUUGCCAAGACGAUGCCUGAGAUCGAGGUGUUCAGCCCUGAAGGUAAAUUCAUCAGUCAACGACCCAGUUUGAGCUGUUGGUUGCUUGGAGGACCCUUGGAUAAGAAGAAGGCUGGUAGGCCCAGGAAGAGCAUGAGCGGGGCAAAAAAGCGGGCAAAAGCAAAGGAUUAAGGCUUUCUCCAUGUACAAUGACUUCGAAUCUACACACAGAAUCUACGCUCUUCUCGAG